CCAGGGAUCAAACCCAUGUCUCCUGCGUCUCCUACAUUGCAGGCGGAUUCUUUACUGCUGAGCCACCUGGGAAGCCCUAACAUAAGAUGUAAAGCCAUUAAAAUUCUGAGUCAAGGGUUUGGAACUUCCUUGGUGGUCCAGUGAUUAAGACUCUGGGCCUCCACUAUAGGGGGCAUAGGUUCAAUCCCUGGUUAGAGAACUAAGAUCCCACCUGCUACAUGGAGUGGCCAAUAAAUAAAUAAAAUAUAUCUUUUAAAACAAGGAUUUGAGUACCAGGGGACAAGGAUUCAGGAAUCAAGUCCAGGAAGCAGCUAGAAGGAGGUGUGCACAGUGAGAUGGGGACAGGAAGGCAGCGGAAAAGGAUGCAGCUUCAGGCAGGUCACUGCUGGGCUACUGAGGUUCAGUAACCCAUUGGGGAGCCCCAGAAGCCAGAAUGGAACAUGGCUUCAAGCCUCCCCACUGAGGGACUUCCCUGGUUGCACCAUCCCCUGGGGGUGGGUGUGGGCAUGAACUCCCCAGCACUUCAGCCCAGGAUCUCUGUGAGUUGAGUUUGUAGCAUCCAGAGCAGCUGAUCACCUCUUGGACCCCUUCUGUCCCUGAUGAUAUGGAAGCCCCGAGAUGCCAAGUAAUUGGGAACCCUGCUUGUGCCUCAGAGUCCUCAGGCCCCAUCCCUACCACCCUUGGAUGUCCUCUGCUAACUUCAAUAUCCAGUUUCACAAGCCCCACAAGCCCAGCAGGAGCCUCCCAGGCUCCAGACAGGGUGGGGUCUAGCCCUGGUGCCCACGCGUCUCCGAGCCCGCCACAUGCACCUCCACCUGUUCCUUCAGUGCGUGUGGCUGAGUUGGUCUCUGAAUCAGGUGUUUGACUCACAGUGAUUGCGGCGAUAAUUCCCAAGCCGGCAGCAUCCACUUGGCUGGCUCCUAGGGCUUGUUGAUUUGCAUCCCUAGUCUAUUAACCUCUGAUAGAUUGGAGCUUAAGAGCAUCAGGAAAACCCCUGGUCCUCCCACCCUGGGAUCAGCUGGGUCCCCAGGGCUCAGCCUUUUAUGACCUCUGCUGCUGGGUUACCGCCUCCCACAAGGAGGCCCCUGGCGGCCUGGAGCUGAUGGACGGUUUGGUCCUGAGAGCAGUGCUGCCAGACAGGGUGGGGCUGGAUGAGUCACGCUGGACCUUGCUUGUUCAUCCAGGUGCCAGGGCGGGCCUGUCCCUGGUCACCCUGGGAUGGGGGGAGCUCCCCAGCAGGACCUGUCAUGGGAGUUUCAACGGAGACCGUCCAGCCCAUGUUGCUUAAAAUAUGGACCGUUGGGCCCUGUAGGGAAAAGUUCACUGAUAUCUGAUACACUUAGAAAAGACCCAGAAUUCAGUGAGUCCUCGUCGGGCACCAAGAAUAGAAGCAUGACCAAGACUCAGAGGGCGCUCGUCAUCCACACGCCAAGACAAACACACUCACGGCCCUUGCCCGGAAGCGGUGGCUUGCGGUUCAAGCGCCAAAGUGGUGGGGGGAGGGGUGAUAGGAAAAACAAUCAAGAGAUCAACGUAGAGAAAGAUUUCCCUCACCAACUUCUGUGCCGAAAACGCCUGUGGCGUUGCCAAGGGCUCCUCGUGUGGGCCGCGGACCUGCAGACCACCUCAGGUCCCUUUCUCACUAGAGCCGAGGCCAACCAGGACCUCGAGAAACAAUGGCAUGGCCUGCCCCGAACGAGUCUCCUUCUCCAUAGCGGAAGCCGUUGGCUUAAGCCAACCUUACUGGCAAAGCCUUGUCUGGGUGAAAGGUGCAAAGCAAGGAAAGAAGAAUGAUGAGAAAACCAAGCCUGAGUGCCUGCCUAGGAUGGUGUUAGAAGCUAGAAGGCAGAGGUGGGAGCAGAGUAACCACUGGAUGGUGACAGGAGAUGCCAUAGUCAUUAUCCAAUAUGGUAGCCUCUGGCCACGUGUGGCUGGUGAAUACUUGAAAUGAGGCUAGUUCGACCAAGGAACUGACUUCUGGUUUAGUUUAA